AUGUCACGGCCACGCAAAACGAUCGAGGACGGAGUAAAAAAUGCUGCCACCACCGUCCAAGAUGGAACCGUGGACGAGACUGCUCUUCCCGAUCAUGACGAUGUUGACGACAUCACGCGAUGGAACGUGGAGGAUUCCGACGGAUGUUUUGAUGGAUUUGACCCUGUUGAAACGGUAUGGGACAAAAAUGACGAGGAUUUUGGAAUGCCAGAUUCGUUCUCGAUUGAAACGGAACACGAACAGGCCACGGAAGCUCCCACCAUCUCAACGCAGCAAGGAAAGCCUGGAAUCUCAAUCUUCGCGAACCGUCGCUCGGCACCUCAAAAGGCCUCGGCGGCUCCCAAAUCCCAUACUGUUGCAGCUUCCGCCAACACGCCGGUGUCCAUCCUGGGCCUCAACAACCCCUAUUCGAGGCUCUCGUAUACAAAGAAUGCCAUUGAGAAAGAUAUCUCUCCGGAAGACCUCGAAGAUCCCUUCGCGGAAGAUGUCGCGGGACAGCUACCAAUGAAAACUCCAGCUACUUCAUUGGGUAACCAAACAAAGAUCGACAAACACCAUCAUUUCGACACCUCAUCGGCCUACACUACACUGGCAAUGCCGUUUGCGAAAGCCCAUCAUUCUUCACAAUUUCGUACACCUUCAGUCCACGAAGUUCGAGUCAAUGAUGCACGCACAGACGGGCCCCAAUCUAAAAAUAUUCACAAGCGACAUGAGAUCAAUACUCCCACUUCCGCCAUCAACAGGAAUACCAGCAAUUUAGUGCAACGUCCUAUGGUUUCCCCUGAUACAGGACUGGACGACAAUAUCCAUGGGGGCACACAUCCAUCACUGACGCUUGAACCUGCGUCUCCCCCACAGGCUGUCACUGCGGCGGAUGGAACCGCCGAUAGUCAAGAGGAGAAAGAUGAUGCCGUUCUCAUCAACACUGUCGCACAAGAGUCCGACGCAGUAAUGGAAACCGCGAGGGAAAACUUCGACAACGUCCACAAGAAUUUUUUAGAAAGUAUCCGCGACUUUCAAGAUGACGAGAAAAAAUAUACGAAAGCGAUUCUUGACAUGAAUGUUCUCCUUGAUACCUCCCACGCGGAGAUGCUUGCGACACAGGUGCAGGUGUUCGACUUGAUCGAUCGCAUGGAAAAAAUCAAAGCCAUUUCUCGUGAAUCGUCUGUUGUUGAGCGAGUGUGA